CUCCGGCUCACGCCAUGGCGGACUCCGAGCGCCUCUCGGCACCCGGCUGUUGGAUUGCCUGUACCAACUUUUCACGCACCCGAAAGGGAAUUCUCCUGUUUGCUGAGAUUAUAUUGUGCCUGGUGAUUCUGAUCUGCUUUAGUGCCCCGGCAAACGGCCAAGCUUACUACUCCUCCCUGCCUGUGUUUGAGAUGAUCCUGGCCGCUGUCUUCUUUGUCAUCUACAUGUGUGACCUGCACACCAAGAUACAGUUCAUCAACUGGCCCUGGAGUGAUUUCUUCCGAGCACUCAUUGCUGCGAUCCUCUUCCUGAUCACUUCCAUUAUUGUCCUUGUUGAGAAAGGAAAGGCCUCCAAAAUCAUCGCUGGGGUACUGGGCCUAAUCAGUACGUGUCUCUUUGGCUAUGAUGCCUACAUCACAUUCCCCUUUCGGCAGCAAAGACAUACAGCAGCCCCCACUGACCCCGCAGAUGGCCCGGUGUAGGUGAACUCUCCUAAUUUCUCUCUGCAACCUUCAAAUAAUGCCUCCAUCUAAUAAGUCCUCCCCACCCCCACAACAACAUUCCCAGCCAGCCCCCAGUCCCCUAUUGAGGUAAAAGGGCCUUUAUAGGGAGAAUUUGUCUUCCAGCCUGUCAAUCAACCCUCUUGGUGUGGCCACAUUUAUGGGUGUGGCUACCUCCCCCUUUCCUUCUCCAGUAUCCAAAGGGAGACAUCAGUUCUGCCUGGAACAUGCCCCACCUAAGUCACAAAAUGAGUAGGGAAGGGCACGAGAUUGUGACCCACUCCAGAUCUCCUUGGUGGGGGGUUUCUAUGGAGGGAUAAAUAAAAAAAGAUGGUUAGAGAAAAUAUGAUAAUGAAUAAAUUAAUCCUUUGAUCAAA